AGCUGUAAGUACUUACGUUAGUACGUAAGUACUUGGAGACAGUAGUACUUUUGAGAUAAAUUUAAAUAAUAAAUUGAAAAAAAAUUAUUAAAGAAACAUGGCUGAUAAUCCUGAUAUUCAAUGGGCAUUGAAAAUUCUUACACCUGAUCCCGAUUAUGAACCUUCUUAUUAUGAAAAAUAUGGACCAAUUGUUGGAAUACCACUUUCAUUUGUUGGUGGAGCUUGUUUUCGAAAUAGAUUUUUGGGUAAACCCGCGUUUUCAGGUAUUCAAGUACACAUUAUUUCAGCAUUGUUAUCAUUUGUAGCAACGUAUAAAGUUACAGAGUUUAUGAAAAAUCGUAAUGCAGAAAGAGAUCAAAUGCUUCGUCAUUAUGUUAUGUUACAUCCAGAAGAUUUUCCAGAGCCUGAACGUAAAAAGUGGGGCGAAGUUUUCGAAAAAUGGUAUCCACAUCGUUAGGAUCAAUUAAUACAUCAAAUAUUUACCUGAUCUCGUGUCGCUAUGUUUUUAAUAACAUAAUAAAUAAAUUAAUCUAAUAUGGACUUUUGCGUAUAAAUUUAUACAAGUUAAACAAAGAACAGAUCAUAUAAAGUAGAAGAUCUUAUUGUAUAUAAUUAAAUAUUGAAAGAAAUAAUAUUUGAUUAGUCUAAGAUUAAAAGGUAAAAUUAAUUGAAAUAAUUGUGACAAAUAAAAUUGGUCAUUUAAAUAUUAUACAUAUACUUUAAAUCGAAUCUGUUAAUAUUGAUUGUUGAAACAAAAGAAAAAAGAAAACAAUUAUAUUACAAUGAGGAAUGAAAUUUGUUAUAAGUGCA